GGGGAGGGGGUGGGGCUGCGGAAAAGAGUGAACGCGCGUGCGCGACGUGCGUGCGCGCUUCACGUUGCGACGUGUGCGCGUGCGUCUUACAGGCGCCUGGCUACCUAAGGAGGGGCGCGGUCGUAGGAGAGAACGAGUGAGCCAGGCAGGGCUUCUGAUGUAAAUGAAGGGCUCUGUCCGAAUAGCCGACGUGAGGCUGGGGCUCCUUAUCUGUAAAGUGUGGGUGUCCGGAAUCCUUGCCGCACUGCAUUGUUCUGAGCACUCGCAUUUUGUUAGCUGCUAUUGUAUUUGUUUGUUAUGUGUGUAAUACGUGCGGCUGGAGCGUGGACAAGUCUCUAGGGCCUUCAUUGCUCAGUUAACUCAUUUGUGCAAUGGAACAGGGAAGGGGCCGGACUAGCUAGCCACCAAGGCCCUUUCCUGGCUCUAACAUUCCCCAGAUCCCAAGUUAUUAUUUAUUAUGUAUUCAUUUGUUAUUUGUUAUGUAUAAGCAUGACUGUAUCCUGAAGCCAUCGAAGGCUGUGUGACGGUGGAAGGUCUGGGACAGAGUUAAGAAGAGCGAGGUGAGCUGGAGCUGAGAGGGGUGGGCACGCAGCCUGCACAGGAAACGUCGCCUCUUUGGAGAGUUUGUGAGGGCAUGGUCGGGAAUGAAAGGUUCACCAGCCAUAGCUAAGGAAGUUCUGUCAUCACCCCUCUCUGAACACUCCCUUCUCCCCUCAUUUUCUGUUCACUGUUUCCGGAGGCGAGCUGCCCUCGAACAAUGUCCCAUUGUUGAUGGCAUCUAGAAAGAUGCCGAGGUUCCCGCUUUCCUGACCUUACAGACGUACAGAAUGGUAGUGCAGGCAAGUCUCUUGUAGGGUUAUCUGUUUUGACCUUAUUUGAAAAGUGAGAAGGCAAAAAUUGAGCCUGAGGAGCUGACUGACUGAGAUUAUGCAGUUUGUUAGUGCCAGAACCACGGUGAAAAGUUAGGUCUGCAGAUGGCUGGGCCACUGCCCAUUGUGCCACUGUGAAGUCGAAGAUAGUUUGUUACCAAAAGACCUUUUGAAAGUUGUAAGCAGGUUAGAACAAACAUUAAACAUUUUUUACGUUGCCUUAAACAGUCCCAUCUCUUUUUUCCAGAGGUUUCUUGGAUUAUCUGACCUCAAGGGAUUAAUGGUGUUAACAGGAAAAUAUUAACAAUGUGGCUUGAGGUUUUUAAUUUUUCCCCACCACAUCAGUUUUUUUGACAAACCCAUAGUGUUUCCUCCUUUAGGUUACUGUUCUAUGUUAAACUCAUCUUCUCAUGUUUUUAAUUUUUCUGUGUCACAGAACCUAAAUUGGUAAUAAAUCAAUAAGAAACAAAUGUUUACAUUCACUCAGUGAAAAGUAUCAUGUCUAAGCUCAACAUAUAUCGGAGCCACACAUGGACACCUCUGCCUCCUUCACUAAGAGCGGAAAAUGAACAGAUCCCAGGAACAAGUGUCAUUCAAAGAUGUAUGUGUGGACUUCACUCAGGAAGAGUGGUAUCUGCUGGAUCCCGCUCAGAAGAUACUAUACAGAGAUGUGAUUCUAGAAAAUUACAGCCACCUUGUCUCAGUAGGAUAUUGCUUUACUAAGCCAGAAGUGGUCUUCAAGAUAGAGCAAGGAGAGGAACCCUGGAUAUUAGAGGCAGGAUUCCCAAGCCACUGCCACCAAGAAGACUGGAAAGUUGAUGACCUGAUAGAGAGCAGCCAGGACAAUGAAGACGAACAUUUUUGGCAACUUGAUUUUACCGCCAACAAAACAUUAAAUAUAGAUAGUGGUGCUAGAGUAAGAAAAACUUUCAAUCUGGGCACAGAUUCUGUUCCUUCAAGAAAUUUUCCAUAUAAGAUAUGUGACUCGUGUGAAAUGAGUUUGAAAAAUAUUUCAGGCUUAAUUAUUAGUAGAAAGAGCUAUUCUGGAAAGAAGCCUGAUGAGUUUAAUGUAUAUGAGAAAUUGCUCCUUGACAUCAGGCAUGAGAAAACUCCUCCUGGAGGGAAAUCUUAUAAAUAUAAUCAAAAAAGGAAUGUGCUCCAUCAUAGUCACGAUCUCAGUCAGCCAAUUUUUGAUCAGCCUUCUGAGUAUAAUGAAAAUGGACAAGCCUUCCAUGAGGAAGCAGCAUUUUUCACAAACAAGAAAAUACAGAUAGGAGAGACGCUCUGUAAAUACAAUGCAUGUGGAAGAACCUUCAUCCACAGUUUAGAACUCAGUUUAUCCCAGAGAACUCGUUUGGAGAUGGAGCCAUAUGAAUGCAGUCUUUGUGGGAAGUCCUUCUAUACCGAUUUAAGAUUGGGACACCAGAGAACUCUUACAGGGGAGACUCCUUAUGAAUAUGACGAAUAUGGGCAAACCUUCUGUGAUGACUCAACUUUCAUUAUCCAUCAGGGAACCUAUGCAAGAAAGAUUCCCCACGAAUAUAAAGUGAGUCAUAAAACGUGGGAAAAGUCAGCCCUCUUUAAACAUCAGAUAGUACACAUGGGCAAAAAACCUUAUGAGCACCAUGAAAAUAGGAAUAACUUCAGCAAGAAGUCCCAUCUCACCCAACUUCGAAGAGCUCACUCAGGAGAAAAAACCUUCGAAUGUGGUGAAUGUGGGAAAACAUUCUGGGAGAAGUCAAACCUCACUCAGCAUCAAAGAACACACACAGGAGAGAAACCCUAUGAAUGUACUGAAUGUGGGAAAUCGUUUUGUCAGAAACCACACCUUACCAACCAUCAGCGAACACAUACAGGAGAAAAACCCUACGCAUGUAAGCAGUGUGGAAAAACGUUCUGUGUAAAGUCAAACCUCACGGAACAUCAGAGAACGCACACCGGGGAAAAACCGUAUGAAUGUAAUACGUGUGGGAAAUCCUUCUGCCACAGGUCAGCCCUAACUGUACAUCAGAGAACACACACAGGAGAGAAACCCUUUAUAUGUAAUGAAUGUGGGAAAUCCUUCUGUGUGAAGUCAAACCUCAUUGUACAUCAAAGAACUCACACAGGGGAGAAACCCUAUAAAUGUAAUGAGUGUGGGAAAACCUUCUGUGAAAAAUCAGCUCUCACUAAACAUCAGAGAACUCACACAGGAGAGAAACCCUAUGAGUGUAACGGAUGUGGGAAAACCUUUAGUCAGAGGUCAGUACUGACGAAACAUCAGAGAAUUCACACGAGGGUGAAAGCUCUUUCAACAUCCUGAUGUCCAGAAGUCUCCAACCACCCUUUCAAAGUCUUACACCAUUUUUGAAAAUGAGAUGAAUGAGACCCAAAGAAUGCCUCAUGUUACUAGAAAGCGACAUCUUGUUGUACUUCAAAUAAUUAAUACUAGAAUGAAACCUUACAGAUAUUUUGAAUAUGUGAAAGCUCUCAAAAACUGAAACUUUUCAUCAGAAAAUUUAUAUUGAGGGGAAGUUUAUUCACUUAAGUAAUGUAAAAAUCUUUGUCUAGAAUUUAUGUUGUGUCGUAUUCCAGAUGUGAUACCAAAUUUUAUUGUAAAUACAGUGGAUGGUAUUAUUCAUUCAUACCCAGACUCACAGUGGAAUCUGAAGCUUAAAAAAGGUUCAGUCACAGCAGCAUUAAACAUUUAUGUGAGGAGUCUCUGACGAUUGCAGGCCCAAUGUGGGUGUAGCAAUGUAAUAGGAAUUGGAUGUACGCUUGAUUUGCAAACUGGAGUCCAACGAACUUGUGGAGAAAAUAUCCCUUCAUUAAAUAACUUACGGUCUGUAUUAAUGUUUCCCACACUAAAUACCACCAGUGUCUACGGGUUGACGUAAAUAUAGAUGUAUAUAUGUAGAUGUAAAUAUAUUUAUGCACACAUACCCACACAGAUGCAGUAGUGUGUUAGAGUAAGCCCGCAGUGGCUUGCAAGUACUGCUGAUGGUUAAAUUCCCAGGAAUUUUGUGAGCCAGUUCUUAGAACAUAAUCAUUAUUUAAAAAUUAAAUUAUAUUAAAAACAAAGGUAAUAAAUACUCAGCACUCCUUGCUUCCUAAUUAUUUUAUAAUAUUUUGCUGUUAGCCUUGUUCUUUAGGUCACUCACAGUAUCGAGUCUGCAUGGUGACAAUACCAUACAACACGUGCUCCCGCCCGUCCCUUCCCACCUCUGUACUCAGUCAUGAGGGUAGCUUGGCUUUAGUGGGAGUGUUUACACCCUGCAAAUUGGCAAACCCUACAAACAGGGGUUUUUAUUUUUUUAUUUUCUCAGACAACCUGUUGUCAAAUAUUUACCGGCACACCGCUGUGUAUAUAUGAAAAUAUAUUUGGAAAAUUUAAAGUACAAACUAUAUACCUUACCCCCUGUCCCAUUUCCCGCCAUAAAUAAAUGGCUGUGGCCAUUAUCGCUGAACUGCGUCUUCAAUAAAGAUCCCCAAAUCUGUUUUUGUGAAGUUUUUUUAACUACCUUUACAUCAGUCUUCAUUGUAAAUACUACCAGAGCCUCUUCGUAGUUUGGCCAGUCUGUGCUGUGUCACCACCGCAUCACCACCCUCUUCUGUGACAUCGCUGGCGUAUAUGAUGAGUGAGUAGGGCUGUUGUUACUGAACUACUACUUCCCCAAAGAAGCCAGAUAGUAUUUUUCUGAGUUUUUUCAGCUGCCUCUGGGUCGGUCUGUAACGUAAGAGCUGUUAAUAACAAUGGUAUCCCAUGAAUUUUGCACAGGUCUCCAUCAGUUAUGAACAGGAAUACUCCCUACUCUCCACAAAUAAAAGUAGUGCUAUGCGCUAGAAUGCCACUUUCAUUCUCUAGGUAUUCGGUUGUUGUAUCUACUUAGGCAUGAUACGUUGUAUGUGACCCAGGAACUGGAACUAUGUAAUUGUAUUUAAAAUAAUAGGAUGUCAUAUACUGUCUCUUCCUCCUUUGUCCUGUUUCCUGUGCCUCCUUGGAACACACUGAUCAGCGGUUCCAAGGACACUGCCCACCCAGCACCCAUUCUCUACUUCUUACUUGCUGGGCUCUGUUUUGUUUCUCUUCCCAUCCCCCAUCCCCCCACCCCUAGGCAAUUUAGGAGUAAAUCCAGAUUAAGUUAAUCAUGGAGAUGCUAUUCUAAUGAUUUUGUUGGGAUGGACACGUGAGCAGUGAGAUGUUUGGAAAAUAUUCUGCGGUACUUCUGGGAAAGAUCUCAGUGAUAAAAUAUUGUCAUGGCGUGAGAAGACACAAGGAGAGAUUGUCUCUCUUAUGCUGGAUUUUUUCAUGUUUGUAUGUUGUACCAAAUUAUAGCUUGUGGCCCUGAAGGGCAAUAGCCUGAAGAGAACAAUAGACAAAAUGGAAAAAGCCUGGCUCAGAGGUGACGUCAUAGAGCUGCACAACUCCAUCUGGACCUGUUUUCUGCUAGGACUUUACAUUACUGCAGUAGUGAUGGUUUCUUAUUGAUCCUUAGGGCUGUCUGUCACUUAGAGCUGAAGCAUUCCAGCUGGUACCGACACGUACUUAGCUCUAAGUGUUUAUGUUCUAUACAGUGAUUUGGGGGAAGAAUGAUUACUUUUGACAAGUUAAUACAGGGAUAGCUCUUUGUAUCAGCCUUGGUUCUGAUGAAAACCAGAAUGCUACCCCAACUAAGAUUCUGAUGGCAGACUUCUUACAGCGCUUUGGGCCAGAAACAAGGAAUACUGAAGCGCCUAGGGGCUGGCAUCACUGACAAGCCAUGACCAGUCUAAAUCCUAAAGGGGCAAAGGAUGGAGACAGGUGUCACCAGAGCCCAUUAAGAGCUGCUCUCACGGAGGAGAGACCAUCUCCUAGGAGACACUGUCACUACGAGAAUUGUGGCACUGGAUUGCUGGUGCCUCCCUUUGGAGUACCCGGCCCGGUACUACGUGCGGGUUAGCUGAGGUGGGCGCAGAGAAAGGGGACGGCAGGUCUGGGAGGAGCUAACGGCUGAUGAGCUGCUCAGUGUGUUUUCAUUUCUGUAAAUUCCUAUGUAAAGUCUCCGUAUUAGAAAUAAACUUACUCUAUUAGUUGAAAGUUC